AUGGCAAGGAGGAAAUUCAGCGGAUUAGAAAUCUCCUUGAUUGUCCUGUUUGCAAUUGUUUCUAUAAUUGCUGUGGCCUUAGUUGUAACAUUAGCAACAAAAGCACCAGCAAUCAGAGAAUAUGUUUCUGGAACUACCCCAUCUACUCCAGGAAAGUGCCCAAGUGAUGCAAAUUCCAAUAUAAAUGGGAGAAUAAACUGCAUACCAGACCAAUAUGCAACAGAGACACUAUGCGCCCAGCGUGGCUGCUGCUGGAGUCCACUGGAUAGCACUACCCAGCCUUGGUGCAUCUUUGGGGAGAACCAUGGUUACAGAGUUUAUGAACGGGGGACAACUAACUCUGGACUGCAACUUAAAUUAAGCAGGAUAUCUUCACCUUCUUUAUUUGGAAAUGACAUUAACAAUGUCUUACUCACAACACAAAGUCAGACAGCCAGUCGAUUGCGAUUCAAGAUUACUGACCCAAACAACAAAAGAUUUGAAGUUCCCCAUCAGUAUGUCACAGAAUUUACUCAACCAGCAGCUUCUGAUACAAAAUAUGACAUACAAGUGACUGACAACCCAUUUAGCAUCAAAGUAAUUCGAAAAAGCAAUAACCGAGUUUUGUUUGACACCAGCAUUGGGCCUCUGGUUUACUCAAACCAGUACUUACAACUCUCAGUCAAAUUACCCAGUGAAUAUUUCUAUGGUAUUGGAGAGCAUAUACACAAACGGUUCCGUCAUGAUACCUACUGGAAAAACUGGCCCAUCUUUACCCGGGAUGAACUGCCUGGUGAUAACAACCACAAUUUAUAUGGCCAUCAUACGUUCUUCACAUGCAUUGAAGAUAACACAGGACUGUCUUUUGGAGUUUUCCUUAUGAACAGCAAUGCAAUGGAGAUUUUUGUCCAGCCAACCCCUAUUGUAACUUACAGGGUCACAGGUGGAAUUCUGGACUUUUACAUUUUUCUAGGAGAUAAUCCAGAAGAAGUUGUCCAACAAUAUACUGAGCUUAUUGGACGGCCAGUGAUGCCAGCAUACUGGGGUCUGGGAUUCCAACUGAGCCGCUGGAAUUACCUAAAUAUUACUGAGCUGAGAAAUGUGGUGGAAAGAAAUCGGGCAGCUGGCAUUCCUUUUGAUGUUCAAGUCACGGACAUUGACUACAUGGAGCAAAAGAAAGAUUUUACUUAUGAUACGCAAAAUUUUUCAGGACUCCCUGAUUUUGUUCGAGAUUUGCACAACUAUGGACAAAAAUAUGUCAUCAUUCUGGACCCUGCCAUUUCUAUAGAAAGACGAAUUAAUGGAGCUGCAUAUGAGACAUAUGAGAGGGGAACAGCACAAAAUGCGUGGAUAAAGGAGGCAGAUGGGGUAACACCACUCAUUGGAGAGGUCUGGCCUGGCUUCACUGUGUUUCCAGAUUUCACCAAACCAGAAUGUGUAGAGUGGUGGGCAAACGAAUGUCAAAUUUUUCACAACACAGUGCCUUAUGAUGGAUUAUGGAUUGAUAUGAAUGAAGUUUCCAGCUUUGUUCAAGGAUCAAGGAGAGGAUGUGCAGUCAACAAUCUGAACUACCCACCCUUCACUCCAGGUAUCCUUGACAGAGUCAUGUUUUCAAAGACCAUUUGCAUGGAUGCUGUGCAGAACUGGGGGAAGCAGUAUGAUGUCCACAGCCUUUAUGGAUACAGCAUGGCAAUUGCUACAGAAAGAGCCAUUGAAAGGGUAUUUCCAAAUAAAAGAAGCUUCAUUUUGACCCGCUCAACUUUUGCUGGCUCUGGAAAAUAUGCUGCCCAUUGGUUAGGAGACAACACUGCUUCAUGGGAACAAAUGGAAUGGUCAAUCCCUGGACUGCUGGAAUUUAGCCUGUUUGGAAUACCUUAUGCUGGAGCAGACAUCUGUGGCUUUCUGGGUGACACGACAGAAGAGCUGUGCACUCGAUGGAUGCAGCUUGGAGCAUUUUAUCCAUUUUCAAGAAAUCAUAAUGGGGAAAUAUACAAGCCUCAAGACCCAGCUGUUUUUGGAGCAAAUUCUAUUUUGGUCAAGUCAUCGCGAAAUUAUCUGACUAUCCGCUACACUUUGCUGCCCUUCCUCUAUACCCUGUUUUACAAAGCUCAUGUAUAUGGUGACACAGUGUCCAGACCAAUCCUUCAUGAGUUUUAUACAGAUGAAAACAGCUGGGUUGAGGACACUCAAUUCCUGUGGGGUCCUGCCUUGCUUAUCACACCUGUUCUUAAACAGGGUGCUGAAACAGUCAGUGCAUAUAUUCCUGAUGCAACUUGGUAUGACUAUGAAACAGGGGCCAAAAGAACAUGGAGAAAACAACGAGUUGACAUGUAUCUCCCAAUAGACAAAAUAGGAUUACAUCUGAGAGGAGGUUACAUUUUGCCCACUCAGCAGCCCGAUGUAACAACAACUGCCAGUCGUCAGAAUCCCCUUGGCCUCAUUAUUGCAUUGGAUGACGAUAACACAGCUAAAGGAGACUUCUUUUGGGAUGAUGGAGAAAGUAAAGAUUCAAUAGAACAGGAAAACUACAUCCUGUAUAACUUUACAGUUGCCUCUAAUACCUUAAACAUUCUUGUUGUACAUCCAUCAAAUUCAUUCAGCUCAUUAGCUUUUGAAGAAAUUAAAAUUCUUGGAUUUGAAUACAAUGCUAAUAGUGUCACAGUGACUGAUCUAAAUGACAAUCCAAUAUCAUCUAAUCAUAAAUGGAGUCAUGAUCCUUCAAACAAGGUUCUUCAAAUUACAGGACUCAGGCUUUCCCUAGGACAAUCCUACCAAGUGAAAUGGACUUCAUCCUUCCCUGAAAAAGAAAGAUUUAAUUGCUAUCCUGAUAUGGAUGGUGAAAACGAGGCGAACUGCAGACAGCGGGCUUGUUUGUGGAAUGUGCCUACCACUGACAAUUUAGCACCCAAGUGCUAUUUUCCUGCAAAUGAUGAUCCUUAUACUGUCAGUUCUGUAGCAUAUACAGCAACAGGCAUAACAGCUGAUCUCAAAUUAACCUCUUCAAAAGCAGCAAGUCCUAGGAUAUCAGCAUAUCCUAAUCCUAUUCAGAAUCUUCGACUGGAGGUGAAAUAUCACAAAAAUGAAAUGCUACAGUUUAAGAUUUAUGAUGCUGACAGAAAGAGAUAUGAAGUUCCAGUACCACUAAACAUCCCUACUACACCUACAAGCACUUACGGAGAAAGGCUCUAUGAUGUUGAAAUUAAGGAAAAGCCAUUUGGUAUCCAAAUCCGUCGAAGGAGCACAGGAGUAGUCAUCUUUGAUACUCAGUUGCCUGGAUUUGCUUUUCAUGACCAGUUCAUUCAGAUAUCGACUCGCCUGCCUUCAGAAUUCAUCUAUGGAUUUGGAGAAGUUGAACAUACUGCAUUUAAGCGAAAUCUGAACUGGCAUACUUGGGGAAUGUUCACCAGGGACCAGCCUCCCGGUUACAAACUGAAUUCCUAUGGCUUCCAUCCCUAUCACAUGGUUAUGGAAAAUGAAGGCAAUGCUCAUGGAGUCCUUCUGCUCAACAGUAAUGCAAUGGAUGUGACAUUCCAGCCAACUCCAGCUCUGACUUACCGCACUGUUGGUGGGAUCUUGGACUUUUACAUGUUUUUGGGUCCAACUCCUGAAGGGGCAUCUAUACAAUAUCAUGAUUUCAUUGGCCAUCCAGUUAUGCCACCUUACUGGGGUUUGGGAUUCCAGCUGUGUCGUUAUGGAUACCGAAACACCUCUGAGAUUGUUACUGUCUAUGAAGGGAUGGUAAAUGCCAGGAUCCCUUAUGAUAUACAGUACACAGACAUCGACUACAUGGAACGACAACUUGAUUUUACCCUUCGUGACAGAUUCCAGGAACUCCCACAGUUUGUUGACAGAAUAAGAAAUGAAGGGAUGAGAUACAUUAUUAUUCUGGAUCCUGCAAUUUCUGGAAAUGAGACUCAACCCUAUCCUGCAUUUACCAGAGGGCUUGAGAAGGAUGUCUUUGUCAAAUGGCCCAAUACUGAUGAAAUUUGUUGGGCAAAGGUUUGGCCAGACUUGCCCAAUAUCACCAUAGAUGAAAGCUUGACUGAAGAUGAAGCUGUAAAUGCUUCCCGAGCUCAUGUAGCUUUCCCAGACUUUUUCCGGGCAAACACCCCCGAGUGGUGGACAACUGAAAUUGUAGAUUUCUACAAUGAUGUGAUGAAGUUUGAUGGUUUGUGGAUUGAUAUGAAUGAACCAUCUAGCUUUGUCAAUGGGACAACUUCUAAUGUGUGCCGGAAUGACACGCUAAAUUAUCCACCUUAUUUUCCAGCUCUAACAAAAAGAGGAGAGGGAUUGCAUUUCAGAACAAUUUGCAUGGAAGCUGAACAGAUCCUGAGUGAUGGAACCUCAGUACUACACUAUGACGUCCACAACUUAUAUGGAUGGUCCCAGAUAAAACCAACUUAUGAUGCCUUGCAAAAAACAACAGGAAAACGAGGAAUCGUUAUCUCUCGUUCCACAUUCCCCACUGGUGGUCGAUGGGGAGGACAUUGGCUUGGUGACAACUAUGCAAACUGGGACAAUUUGGACAAAUCCAUCAUUGGUAUGAUGGAGUUUAGCCUCUUUGGGAUAUCAUAUACUGGCGCUGACAUCUGUGGCUUUUUCAACAAUUCAGAAUAUGAGCUCUGUACCAGGUGGAUGCAACUUGGAUCAUUUUAUCCAUUUUCUAGAAACCACAACAUUGCCUUUACUCGGAGACAAGAUCCUGUUUCUUGGGAUGAAGCUUUUGCAAACAUGUCGAGGAAUGUUCUUAAUAUCAGAUACACUCUACUGCCUCAUUUCUACACACUAAUGCAUGAAAUCCAUGCUAAUGGUGGUACAGUCAUCCGCCCUGUCUUACAUGAGUUCUUUGAUGAUAAGGAAACCUGGGAAAUCUUCAAGCAGUUUCUCUGGGGCUCAGGCUUUUUGGUCAGCCCAGUUUUGGAGCCUGGUCUCAGAAGCGUACGUGCAUAUGUGCCUGAUGCCCGCUGGUUUGAUUACCACACGGGGCUAGAUAUUGGAAUUAGGAAGCAAUAUACAGAUUUUGAUGCUCCUCUAGAUAAAAUCAACCUUCAUGUACGGGGUGGUCAUAUUCUUCCUUGUCAGGAGCCUGCCCAGACUACGUUUUAUAGUCGAAAAAAUUACAUGGGGCUCAUUGUUGCUGUGGAUGAUGACCGAACGGCAAGAGGUUCAUUGUUCUGGGAUGAUGGAGAAAGCAUUGAUACUUACGAAAGAGGCCAAUACCUGUCAGUACAGUUUAGGUUAAAUCAGACUACUCUGACAAGUACUGUCUUAUAUCGGGGGUAUUCAAACCCCGAUGAGCUGAGGCUUGGAUAUAUCAAAGUAUGGGGAAAAGACAAGUCUUCAGUUUCAAGUGUUCAACUCACAUACAAUGGCGUGACUGAAAGUGUCAACUUUAAUAAUGACGCAAACAAUGGGAUAUUAGAAAUCCGUCUUAGUGACAAAAAUAUCAUCUUGGAGAACAACAUAGAAAUUACUUGGAGGACAUGAGAACCAAAUGUGAACUUCAAUUUUCAAAGGAAAGGACUAAUCUACGAUUUCAAUUAAUGUG